AUGGAGUUCAAUGGUGAAAGCGAUUGGCGUCUUGGGAUCGCUGACGGAACAACCAAGGGUCGUGUCGAUCUCUUCCCAUGGGACCAUAUCGGCCAACGUUUUUGCGGCAAAGGUAAAUUCAUUACUUGGAUAAUUACGUUCAACGAAUCGGUCACCAUCUUUCUUUCGAAUCACAAACUUCACAUUGGCACCAAUUCGCCAUAGAGCGGAUUUCAGCUUUGCACCACAGACAAGGGUGAACGCAAUAUGUGGAAUACCCUCAAGAGCUCGCUUCUGCAAUUUGAACACCCUGAAAUGGGUAGGCAGUGA